AUGCCAAAAAGAAAGCAUCAACUAUCAAGUUUAAUUGAAGAAAAUAAUGUUAAUCAGAAAGAACAAAAAAUGUAUACGUCAACUCAUGAAGAUGAUUCAUCGUCUACGACAUCAUCAAUAAGUCAAGAAUAUGAAGAUGCUCUUUCAUCUGGAGUAUGCAGUAAUUCAGAUUCAGCAUUUGAAGAUAUGACACUAACAGAUAGUCUCUCAAAAAAACAGAAAAAACAUUCCGUUAGUUUUGAAGAUGUUACAGUGUACUAUUUUGAUCGUUCACAAGGUUUUGUUUGUGUACCAAGUGCAGGUGGCACUACCUUAGGAAUGGCACAACAACAUUCUCACAGUGAAAGUUACACAAUCAAUGAUUUUGCUCGUCGCCAACGUCACAUUCAUAAAUCAAUUUUACGCGAGAGAAAAAUUCUACCACCUUCAGUAUCCACAACUAUACACUCAUUGAAUAAUGAUGAUUCAAUACCUAUAACAAAUAUUGUUAAUUAUUGUUCAGAUGAGGAUAUUGAAGAACAGUUACCAGUUCAUGAUUAUUAUUUUUUACAACCGGUUCCAACGCGUGAACGUCGUAGUAUAUUGAAACAAUCUGGUAUUAAAAAAAUAGAUAAUCAAGAAAAAAAAGAUUUACAAUUAAUUCGACAAUCACGUGAAACAUGUGGAUGUUCGUGUGUGGCAAAAUGUGAUCCAUUCAUCUGUGAAUGUUCUCAAAAUGGAAUAUCUUGUCAAGUUGAUCGUCGAUCAUUUCCGUGUGCUUGCUCAAGAUUAGAAUGUCGAAAUCCAAAUGGUCGAACUGAAUUUAAUCCCAUUCGUGUUAGAAAUCAUUUCUUAGAUACGAUUAUGAGGCUUGAAUUAGAAGAAAGAAGUUUACAAAUUGAUGUUAGAUACAAUAAUCUUGAUCUGACAAAUAUUAGUGACUUUGAACAACGUGAACUUUUACGUAUAUGUCAUGAUGAUGAAGAUGCUAAUCAUUCAUGUGAUAUGAUUCUUCCAUCAUCAAUGACGACGGUUGUUUCAUGUCAGCCUACAAUAGUAGAAACACCAUCACAGUCUCAAACAGAAAUUCCAUUAUUAUUAUCAUCCGUUAUUGAUAAUGUAGUUGACCAAGAUAUUACAACUACAGCAGAAACUGUACUAUUAUCAAUUGUAUCAUCAAUCGAGUAUGAAUCACAACCACCACUAUCAACAUCAUCACCACAACUAGAUACAAAAAAAAUAAGUCAUCGAAAAUCAUAUCGCUCAUCAUCAGUACUAAAAAAUAAACUAUUUUCUUUACCACCAUUGUCAAUUAAAUCUAAUACUCAUUCAUAUAACACAAGAACACGAUGUUCAAAAAUAAUUAAAAAGUUGUUAACAAAACAAGAUCUUGUUUCAUUAACAGCUGAAUAA